AUGAACAGUCACGAGCCGCUUUCUCAAGAUAACCAAGAUAGAUCUUCUCAAUCGGAGCCCCUCACCCUUGGCACCAUGCCUGUUGGCGAGAGGUACCCGAUUGUUCACAUAGAGUACUACCUCUGGAUUCAGCAUCACCUUCUAUGCCCCAAAGGCUCAUCCACGACGGUGUUUUCCGACGAUUAUGAGGCUAUUGAUUUGGAAGACACCGAAGCCUUGCCCAUUCCACCUUGCGAAGUGCCCUUCCAGUACAUCUCGCUGCAAUACUUCAAGCACCACAUCAUGGAUGCUACUUUGCAGUUCCGCAAAGGCCAUAAAAUCUUGUGUAACGUCCAUGUUUCGAGGUGGUGGUCCUCCCGGCCACACGCAGUAUCCGCGCCACUGGAGCUCCCCAGCAGCUUCGGCCGACUUUAA